CAAGAUCAAUGAGUAAUUUACCAAAUGGGUAAUUUACCAAAUGGGUUAAGAAUUGUGAGAAAACAUUUAGGGAAAAGCCGAUCAACGAAUAUUUAACAACAUCAUCAUCAGUGAACCUUGUAAUCUAAAUAUUUAACAGCAACAUCAACGAAUUCUUCAUCUUCUUCAGGAGGAAUUCAAGCAAAGAGAAGAGAUGGUUCAUUGUGAAAUAUUUAGAUUAGAAGAAAAUUUCAGCAAUUUUGAUUCUCUGUUGGUUAUUAGGUUUGUGAUCGGAAGAAAUCUCUGGGUUGUGAUCUAUGAUUUGAAUACUGUGAAACUAUUAUAGAAAGGUCAAGGAACGACUAAUCAUAAUCCGUUUAUUUUUGCUUAAAACAUUAUAUCAUUACCCGUUUUUCACUUUUUCAAAACGGCUAAUGAUUAGCCGUAUCCGAAGUCUUCUAGUUGGGAUUCCCACACACUACGGAAACCUUUGGGGAAGAGGCACUCUCAACCACGAUUUUUGCUGUUGGGAAUUGACUAGCAACUUUGAAGUCGUGGCAGUGCUAUCGGAAAGCGAGAGUGUAUUUUAACUGAUCCCCAUUUGGUAAGUAUAGAGGACGACUACGAGUGGCUAGUUUGUUGGGGGAAAGAAAGGUUCUCUUCAAGAGCUGCUCAAAAAAAGUUAAGAGAGAAAUUUUUUAAUGGCAACUUCAAAGCUUCAAGCGCUAUGGAAUCACCCAGCUGGACCUAAAACCAUUCACUUUUGGGCUCCAACUUUUAAAUGGGGUAUUAGCAUUGCGAACAUUGCUGAUUUCGCUAAACCACCAGAAAAGAUCUCAUAUCCUCAGCAAUUAGCUGUUGCAUGCACUGGAGUUAUCUGGUCACGUUACAGCACAGUAAUUACACCGAAAAACUGGAAUCUUUUCAGUGUAAACGUUGCAAUGGCUGGGACAGGCCUGUAUCAGCUUUCUCGCAAGAUCCGGCACGAUUACUUCUCUGAGACCGCAGAGACUGAAGUUGUCAAAGAAUAAUGGCUAUUAGUCCUUUCAAUCUGUUGUCUUUUAUUUUUCAACUGAAUCUGUAUUCGAUCUUGGAAUAUAAAUCUGUCUGCAUUUCUUUGCAAUCAAAUUCUGUAAUUAGAUUUGCAACGGCAGAUUGUCUGCAGUUGAUCCUAUGUUAUCGUGUCUUUCAUAUAUCGUCCGAGAAAAUGCAGCUUUGACUCUUGUGUCUUGUAAUGUCUCUUUGGGUUGGUUAGUCCUUCGAAACAUUGAGAUGACUGUAAAGACAUCUCUGGACAUCCAAUGCUUUUAGUGUCAGCAAACGCACAGCUGGUCAUCUGUUUGUGAACUGCAUUUUGCAAUAAAGCUGUGAAGUUAUUUUUCAUUUU